AUGAAUUCAGAGACAGACAUUCAACAGCAACAACCACAGCAGCAACAUAGUGAUCUUAUUAUUACAGGAGGUAGUGAAGAAGCGACGGAAGAACCCCGAGCACCAGAGGCGACCGCUGGGCCUUCGCAGACUCUUGGGAGGGCGGCGCCCCGCUCCGGGGCCUACUUAGUAGAAGUCUACGGGCGGGUAGUACGGAAGCAGCACAAUUUUUUUUCGCCCAAUACAGUCCUACUGGAUUUUACUAAGUAUUUGGCGGAUCUGAUCAAGGGCGACAGCACUGCUCGGCUCAAGAAGGAGGCUGUGGCGUUACUGGACGUGAUCAAUCUCUCCUUCCAAAGCGAAGCCGUCAGGACUUGGGAUCAGGAUUUCGUCUCGGCGCUGGUGGAUCUACUGACAACGCACCCGGUCUUUGACAAGAAACCCGCACUCGAAGAGACCAUUGCCAAACUGAAGCAACUGCAUCAAAUAGAGGAAAUCGGUUCCAUGGAGCCAUCCUUGCCAUUGGAGUCACUCACUUCCCUCAUUCCCGGAGUAGCCGAUAGAAUGUCCGUGUCCGAUGCGUCCGACCCCAGUAUUGGCAUUGCGAACCUACUACAAGACAUUGGACCAGCAUGUACACGGUCCGCGAGUACUCUACGAGAAACCAUUGCAGAAGUCACCAGCACGGGCGGAAAUCUUAGUGAAGCUGCCAUUGCACGCAUCAUUUACUUUUUCUCCGACAAGAGUACUGGCGCGGAUGUUUCCUCCAAUGUAGCUACAUCUGCAUUGCUGGGAAGUCUCAUUCCUGGCAGAAACAAUGACGCAACAUCUCUCUCGACAGACAACAAUUGGAAUCUCAAGGCUGUGGCGCAGAUACUAGAAGAAGACUAUGGAGAUAUGGAUUGGCCCUCCGUGGCUCGGAAAUUUGAUAUUGCCGGAUUUAUGAUCAAAGAUGUCACUCAAUUUCGAACUCUACUCGACUUAUACCGUGGAGGAGCCAAAGCAUCCCCUCCCAUUGCGGCGUUCACAUCUCCCUGGAGAAACACACUGGGACAGCUCACAUUGAUUGAAUCCAUCAUGGCCGUUCCACCCACUGUCUUUCUCGUACCACUCAAUGACGAGGAACUCGCCGAUGCCAACACGGCACCUCCCAAUGCACAAACUUCCGGGGUUUUGAAUCCGCGCUGUUGGGCAUCCAUGGAUAUUUUGCAACGAUUGCUGUAUUUAUCAGAUGUCCCCACACUCUACCGACGAGUUCGCGAUUUGUUCGUCAAGGGACUCUUGACAUCCCCCGAAACGCUCCUCUGUGGAUUGGUGCGCCUUCAACUUCGUGUCGCCAAUGCCGCGACACAGCCUGGAAGCGACAAUUAUGUGAAUGCGGGAAUGCAAAUGAAAACGGAACUCAUGCGGGAACUCAUCCCCUUGUUCUUUCGACCCGAUGCCUAUCGGCGGGUACAGAAUGGACCCGCGGCUUUUCGGCGUCUCUACGUGAUUUCACCCAGUACCGUCACGGCGGCGUGUUUCGAGGCGUGGAGAAGCACCAGCAACGAAAGCCCCCAAGUGAGGCUCGCCACCAUUGUUCAUAUCAUCAACAUUGCGCGGUUGUUGCCGUCGCCGGGAGAAGCCAUUGCGUCUCUAUUGAAUGGAAGCAAGGAUGCCGAGUUUAGUAUCGCCAUUGCCAUUGUCAUGGCGGAUAAUGACUACCUGCAACUCAAACCGUGGCUCGUGGAGAAGCUCAGCAGUAAGACUUCGGCGUUUUCGUUUGCCGUGGCCUUGGUGACCUACCUUGGAAAAACGUUUGGAGCAGCUGGUCCAAAAGGUGGAUCCAUGGACGGGAAAGGAGCACCGCUUGUCAGCCUGGAAAAUUUGUUGGUGUCCUUGCAAGUCUUGCAGUCGUUGGAUGCUGCCAUGUUGGCUCAGCCUGUACACGCGCCUGGGACGGAAGGAUCCAAUGGAUCAACUUUGGGCGACAAUCUCAAAGCACUUUUGGACGCCUGUGCCAAUGCCCACCCGUCUCUCCGGGCCAGUUUGACGAUCCACAUGCAUCAACAGCAACAACAACAAAUGCGAGCUGCCUCUGGAGGCUCCAAUCGCUCUGCCGGACCGUCGUCUGCUGGGGCUUCGGACGACGUGGAAGAAAUGGCCACGGCCUACUUUCAGAAGAUUUAUACGUCAGAGCAGAGCAUUGGGGAGGUGGUGGAGAUGUUGAAACGCUUCAAAACAUCCGGAAAUGCCAAAGAAAACGAAAUUUUUGCUUGCAUGGUUCAUAACUUAUUCGACGAAUACAGGUUCUUCUCAAAGUAUCCCGAGAAAGAACUGCGCAUCACGGGUAUCCUCUUUGGUACUCUGAUUCAAGAGCAGCUCGUGAGCAGUAUCACGCUCGGUAUUGCUUUGCGCUAUGUGCUCGAGGCUUUGCGCAAACCCCCUUCGCCACCUGGCCAGAAUUCCAGCUCUGGCAAAAUGUUCAAGUUUGGCAUGUUUGCUCUGGAGCAAUUCAAGGGGCGGCUACAUGAGUGGCCACAAUACUGCUCCCACAUUGUACAGAUUCCUCACUUGAAGGAACGAUAUGCUGGUCUUGUGGCGGAGAUAGAAAACGCCAUGUCGGAAAGCCAAAAUAGAGCCGCCAACAAUGGGGCUUCUGGGGGGCCGGCCGGUGUGUCGUCCCCCAAGGAAUCGGCAGACGCCACCAAGCUUCGUUCGGGAAGCUUUGGAUCAGACUCCAAUUCAGGACACACGUCUAAGAGUGUCGAGGCGCCGCUCACACCUUCUCGAGAAGCGUCCUCUUCGGAGCUUUCGGCCGCGUCUGGUUCCGCGCCUUCCGAAGCGAACCAGCGUGUUGCUGAAUUUGGAGUCAACCUAGGAAGGGCCGUGUCAGAAAGCGCCGAUGAAGACCGAGUCCACGAGGCUCCCACAGACGUUACACUUGACCGUGUUCAGUUCCUCGUCAACAAUCUUGCUCCUUCCAACGUGGAACAAAAGGCUCAAGAAUUGAAGGAGAUGUUGGAGCCAAAGUAUUUCGGCUGGCUGGGUCAUUUCUUGGUGGUCAAGCGAAUUAGUACCCAGGCGAAUUUCCAUCAGUUGUACCUCUCACUGUUGGACAACCUCGGCGAGUACGGAAAAGGCCUCGUGGAAGCGAUAUUGGAUAGCGUGUAUCACAACAUUGGGAAGCUAUUGCGGUCACCCAAGAUCACUACAUCGUCCUCGGAACGAAGUUACUUGAAGAAUCUUGGUAUUUGGCUUGGCCAGAUUACGUUGGCCCGCAAUCGCCCCAUCUUGCAGAUCAUGUUGGACUGCAAAGAAUUGUUACUGCAAGGAUACGAAACAGGAAAGCUCAUCGCCGUUGCCCCUUUCUUGGCCAAGACGCUCGAGGGAGCCAAAAACUCUGUAGUGUUUCGCCCUCCGAAUCCUUGGUUGAUGGGUAUUCUUGGCGUUUUCAGGGCUGUCUACGGCGUGGAGGGUCUCAAGAUGAAUAUCAAGUUUGAAGUGGAGGUCUUGUGCAAGAACUUGAGCAUCAAGCUGGAGGAUAUCCCACAGCGCAGAGACAUUCUUGCAUCACGUGUGGCUCCUGUCAAAGAACGCAACCCAGACUUCAACAUCAAGAGUACAAGCGUGCCAAAGACUGCCCCUGUAGCUCAACAAAUGUCGGGUUCUUCCAUGAUAGGGAGCCCCGAAGCAAAGACGGGAAUGAACAUCUCAUCCGGAAUGUCAGUCGCUUCCAACGAAGGGUCAGUUCGUACUUCAGGUGGCGAAGAUCAGCAAGACACUGUCAUUCCCAACCUUGCUGCCUACGUCACUGUCAACCCCAGUCUUCCACAGCUUUUGCAGUCUCAAGGAGGUGCCGUGCUCGCUGGAUUGAACAGCGCGGCUCUGAAGCGUUGCGUUCCCAUUGCCGUGGACAGAGCCAUUAGGGAAAUCAUUCAACCCGUUGUGGAACGCAGUGUCACUAUUGCUUGCAUUACUACGAAGGAAAUUGUGACCAAGGAUUUUGCAAUGGAAAGUGACGAGGCCAAAAUGCGCAAAGCUGGUCAGCUCAUGGUUGCCAACCUCGCUGGAAGCCUUGCUCUUGUGACCUGCCGCGAACCACUUCGUUCAAGCGUUUCCACUCAUUUGCGCCAGCUGCUAACUGCUAGCAUCGGAAGGCCAGAAAAGUUGGGGGACCAAGAGCAGAAUGCGAUUGAGCAGUGCGUCCAAAUCUGUGCCACAGACAACUUGGAAUUGGGCUGCAUGUUGAUUGAGAAAGCCGCGACCGAAAAGGCUGUUCGAGAUGUCGACGAAGCGUUGGCACAGGGAAUCAACACGAGGAGGAAGCAUCGCGAGCAGACCGGUCAGCCUUUUUACGAUAUGUCUAUUUUUGGAAAUGGCAGUCAACGCUAUCCUGCUGCUCUUCCAGACCAGCUCAGGCCCAAGCCUGGAGGUCUUCGAGCCGAGCACUUCCAGCUUUAUGACAGUUUCCAGCGAAUGCCACGUCAAGCGUCCGGUCCGGGCGCAAUGGGCGCGGCAAGUGCUGCUGGUGGCAACAUGGGGCUAGCUGGGGCUCGUUCCCAGGUCCAGCCCACUGGAGAACCUGAUUUAGCAUCCAAAGCAGGCGCAACGCCACAGUUUGGAAUUGAGGCCUUGUCCUCUUUGGCUGCGAAAAUGGACAGCUCGGUUACCACCAUCUUGACAGCAGCUGGCCCACGUGCCCCUGAAAUUAAGUUGAGCAUGCUGCCUCCGGAGCAUCAGAUUCGUCAAAUCCUUGGCCUAGUGAAACAGGUGAUGCCGAAUGCCAGUCAGGGUGGCGGCAUGUCUCGGCCCUUGACUCAAUCCGAACAAGAAUCUGUCCUUGCCUUUUCUCAAAGCAUCUUCAAACGCUUGUACGAGUUGAGCCUGUCUGAACCACUGCGCCUGGAGGCUCUAGUUGCCUUGCUCGAAAACAUCAACAUGUACUGUCCUCAGCUUGGAAAAGAUAUUGGCACUUGGGCAACUUACGCCCCGGCCAAUUCCGACCCACAGCGCAGGCUCCAUCGCACGGUCUUGCUUCUUUUGGUUCGCAGCAACCUUUUGCGGACCCCUGAGCUUGAUGCCUUUCUGGCUGCGAAGGCAGAGAACGGACGAAACCAUGUUUGGGUUGAGUUUUCGCUUUUGUUUAUUCGAACGGCGUUCAUGGAAAGGAUUGCACUCCCAUCGGAUUUCCCAAAGCUUAUUGAGUUAAUGACGCGGAUCGCAGAAGGGCGAAGUCAGGCGCCUCCGCAGAUGGUACAGACUUACCGAAAGCCGAUUCUCAGAAUGCUCGAGGAAACUCGCAGCCUUGGGGGUGCUGGUGUAGGUGGCGCUCCAACUCAAAGUCAGCCACAGCAGCAGCCUCCAAUGCAACCCCCUCAGCCACAGCAGCAGCAGUCUCUUCAGUCUCAAAAGCAACCACAUCAGAAUGGAAUCCAUAGCCCAGUGGCCAGCAGCGAGCCGCCAAAGACAAGCGUAUCUCUUCCACAAAGCAGCAGCUUGUCGUCUUUGUCGUUGUCGAACUUCUCAACGGCCGCUUUAAAGGUUACGGAAGCGACUGAUGUCUUCACCCGCAGCGACCCGGCCAAUGCCAGACAGCAGGUUACAUCGUUGUUGGAUGGGUGGAUUCGCAUUCACAGCGAGGCCUCAGCCAACGAGAAGACGUUUGCGCAGUACCUUCAGCUUCUGCAACAAUUCGGAGUCGGCAAAGUCGAAGAAUCUACCGAACGAUUCUUUAGGGUUUCCUCCCUCGUGGUUGUGGAUGCUGUCCUCAAGUCUGCCACUGGUGGAGUGGAUGGUUCCAAGGCUGCCCUCAAUUACACCUUUGUCGAUAUCUACUCGAGCCUCCUUGUGCUGAUGUUCAAGCACAUGCACAACGGAGGAACUCCGGAGCAGAUUGGCCAGCAACGUUUGGGCGUUUUGAACAAGAUUCUCGGUGUGCUUGUUCGCACCAUGAUGUGGGAUUGCGAGAAAGCUAAGAAAAAGCCAAGCAAGUGGGACCAGAGGCCAUGGUUCCGUCUUCUCCUCAAUCUUGUCAUGGAUUUGAAUAAGCCUGGUCCCAUGUUGGAGCCUAUUCGACCUGCCAUUCUCAACGUGUUUGGUGCCGCCUUCCACGUAUCGCAGCCUCUCGUGAUGCCAGGCUUUGCGUUUGCCUGGCUGGAGUUGGUGUCGCACCGUCACUAUUUGCCGAAUCUUUUGUUGUUACCAGGCCAGAAAGGGUGGAACCUGGCACAGCAACUUCUUGUCGACCACUUCCUGUUCCUUGAACCCUACCUCAGGAAGACUGAGUUGACUCCAGCUAUUAAAAAGCUCUACGAAGGGACGUUGCGCGUACUACUGGUGCUUCUACACGACUUUCCGUCAUUCUUGGCUGGGUAUCACCUAUCUUUUUGCAAUGUGAUCCCAGAUAAUUGUGUCCAGUUGCGCAACAUCGUCCUUUCCGCUAACCCCAAGGGGAUGUUACCACCAGAUCCGUUUACUCCAAACCUCAAGAUCGACCUGCUACCUGAAAUCUCUCAGAGUCCUACGAUUCUCUCAAACGUCUUGGGACCGAUUGACAGUUUGAGGGGACAUUUGGAUGCUUAUUUGAAGGACGGGCAGAGGCGAGCAUUUCUUACAGGGUUGCCGGCUCUGUUGUACAAGGAAGGCACCACUGAAGUGGAUGCGCCCAAAGUGAAUUCUCUGGUGCUCUACAUCGGAAUUCAUGCUCUUGCCCGCCUCCAAAACAACCAGAUUUCGCUAUCGCAUACACCCGAGAUGGAAGUAUUGCAGAAGUUGAUGGAGCUAGAUGACCGUGGGCGUUACAUUUGCCUCAAUGCAAUUGCCAAUCAGUUGCGCUACCCAUCUAGCCACACCCACUACUUCUCGUGCGUGAUGCUGUUCUUGUUCAGUGAAUCCAAGAAUGUCGCCGUGAAAGAGCAAGUCACUCGUGUGCUCUUGGAACGGCUCAUCCUUCAUCGUCCCCAUCCCUGGGGAUUGCUGGUGACUUUCAUUGAACUCAUUAAGAAUCAGCGCUAUGGGUUCUGGAAUUACCCUUUCACGCGUUGCGCUUCUGAAAUUGAAAAGGUGUUUGAAUCGGUGGCACGAAGCUGCAUGCCGCCAGGAUCGCAGAGGACCACCCUCGUCGGUGGCGGAGAUGAGUAA